CCUCUCCUCGCAGGAAUCAUGCCCAAGGACAGCCAGUCGCAGCUCAAGCGGCUCAAGACAGCCCUCAGAGAGAGUGGCAUCUCCCGAGCCGGCCCAAAAUCCAAGUCAAAGCAAGGACAGCCGCAGAAGACCCGUGCCGACAGACAAAAAGCCCUCGAUGGUAUUCGCGAGCGCUUCAAUCCUUAUGAGCAGCAGGUCAAUAAGACAAAAUUUGCUGUCGGUGGACGCAGGCUCAAGGGCGAUGUCGGCAGGCCUGGUCAGUCUGCAUCUGUUGCAGAGCGCAUGCGAGAGGAGACACUAGGCGCACAGAGAGCGAUGCGUGGUCGCGUGGGCGGCGUGCUCGAUAGACGGUUCGGCGAAGGCAGAGCAGACUUGACUCCAGAACAGAUCCAAUUGGAGAGGUAUACGCGCGAGCGGCAGAAGUCCAAGAAGAGGCCUGGCUUCUCACUCGAAGACGAAGAAGAUGGUCUGACCCAUUUGGGCCAAUCGCUCUCUACGAUGGACGACUUCGGACCUGCGCCUCUCUCAGAUGACGAAGAUAUGGGUGCUGAAGUUGUUGCACGGACCAACUUUGGUGGCUUUGACGAACAGCUUGAAGAGGACGAGAUUAUGGGCGACGAUGGUCAAAAACGGAAAAAGACCAAGGCAGAAGUCAUGCAAGAGAUUAUCGCCAAGUCAAAAGCAGGCAAGUACGAGCGGCAAAAACAAGCAGACGAAGACGCGGACGAACGAGAGGCACUCGACGCCGAGCUCGAAGAUCUGCAGAUGCUCCUUGCAGAUUCUCAGCAAAAGAAGCCAAAGCAAGCAGACGGAGUCAAUCCCGAACGGCUCAAGGCGAUACAGGAAGACACGGAAUAUGACAAGGCUGUUCGCGAACUCAUCUUUGAUCGACGUGCCAAGGCAUCAGACAGAACCAAGACUGAAGAGGAACUGAUUGAGGAAGAGGCCAAGGCAUUGCACGAGAAGGAAGAAGCUCGAAUCAAGCGUAUGCACGAUGAGUUGAACGAUGAAGACGACGUGGAGGCCAGCGAUGAUGAGGGAGAAGACGCUGGCAUAGACGUCGAAAUGGCAGGCUCCGAGAUUGACGAAGACGAGACUGACGGCUCAGGUUCAGAAGCUUCUGAAGACGAAGACGAAGACGAAUACGAACUUCCUUCUGACGCCCUUGUUGCCGCCGCUCAGGCAGAGCUCGCCAGGCGCGCCAAACUCGCGAUGGCCGUCAUCAACGAUGCAAGCAAACUCAAGUUCACUUACCCGUGCCCUUCCACAAUGGCUCAGUUGCUCGAGAUUUUGGACCCACUCAGUGAACAAGAUAAGCAGACGGCAAUUCACAGAAUACGUGUUCUCCAUCACCCAAGGCUCAAUCCUUCAAAUGGCGAGAAGCUUGCGAAGUUCCUUGUCUUGCUCGUCGACUAUCUAUUGCUGCCAUCGACUGAUCGGCCUCUCAUCGACUACUGCACGAUCCAAGUCCACGAUCUCGCGAGCAAGUAUUGGGAGCCUGCAACGCUCCACUUUUUGAGCAUUAUCGAGAGCUUACGGCAACGCACAUACACGACUCUCUCUUCAAAAAUAUGGUCCACAGAAGAUCUCAAGCUAUACAGUUUGAUUGGUAGUGUUUGGUCUGUUUCAGAUGCCUACCACAAGGUGGCGACCCCAGCCUUGCUGUUGGCCUCUCAGUACUUGUCGCAGAAUGCGGUCGCCUCAGACCAUGCGCAACAGGUCAAGCUCUCUCUUUGCAGCAUACUACUAUCUUGGGUGAGUUUCUCGAAAAGGUUGUUGCCUGAAGUCAUCUAUGUCUUGCAACAGACAUUACAGCGCUAUUUGGAUGACGCUGCAGAAACACCAGCGCGACUCACGCUGGGAAGCAAGGCAUCGAAAGCGACGCUGUACCAGUCGGCAGCCGAGCUGUCGAUGCGAUACGCUCAAUUGUACACAAGUCUUCCUGGGUUCCCUGAAUUGUUUGCUGGCAUCUGUGCUAACAAUGGGGCUCUCCUUGCUGGCCACCCAACCGCACGGACAGCCUUGCUCAAAGCGAUUACCAAUGUGAAGCAGAUUCGGCGUCCUCUCGCAUUACAGCAGCACCGUGCCGUACCCAUUGCUCAGUUGGCGCCCAAAUUCAGCGAUGGCUUCUCGCUUGAUCGCAAAUCGACGCUUGAUCGUGAUGACCCGAGACAGCAGGAUGCCAAGCUGAAGGCUGAGCUGCGUGAUGCUCGACGAGGCGCUGUGCGGGUGCUGAGGCGAGAUGCGGCGUUUGAGGCACGACAGCAGGCCAAGGAGAAGAAGAGCAAGUCCAAGCAGUACACAGCGAAGAUGGGCAAGAUUGAAAACAGACUCCGGGAUGCUACGUACUAG